UGCUCCCCACGCCCUGUGGGCAGUGGACAGAGAUCACAUAAAUAGGCCCACAGUCAGCUGUGGAAGUGGACCGAGGUGCAUCCAGACCAGAGACGCAACACACAACUGUGCUUGCAGCCAGGCACCAUGACCUCAUUGACGUGUGGACUGCUCCUCUGCUCCAUCGGCAUCCUGCUGGCACCGGGCACUCUGGGAACUUUCCCACAGUUUGGGGCACGCAACCGGAAGAUCCACUCAAUUAGUCCUUUUAUCCCACGGGUGUCCUCGCAAGUGCCUCCAUCAUCCAGGGUCCAUCAGAGCUCCGAAGAGAUCAGAUCUAUCGAGCAAACCUCUGACGAAGUACCGAGGAGUGCUGAAAGUUUCCAGGAGGUCCAGCUGGCUGCUCACACUGUCCGGAGCCUCCAGCAGCAGCAGCAGCUGCAGCAGGGCGCACGACCUGGUGCCAACACCAACACCUACCUGGAGCAGGAGAGACGCACCGCUGACAAUGGAGCUGAUGGCACUAAUUCUGGGUUUCAUCGCUAUCAGUCCUCCCAUCGCCAGCCGCCAAAGAAAAGCCGUCCGCUCUCACAGCUGCAACACAAAGCUGCACCAGUUACAUCCCGGCAGCCUGCAUCCAUCAGAGCUGACGCAGCAAGGUCUAACUGCAGAAAUCGUCCUAUAGACCUGGUCUUCAUCAUAGACAGCUCCCGCAGCGUGCGCCCUGCUGAGUUUGAAAAGGCCAAGGAGUUCCUGCAAGAUAUGGUGGACAGCUUGGAGGUCGGCUCGGACGCCACGCGGGUCGGCCUCGUCAAUUAUGCCAGCACGGUGCAGAUUGAGUUCCUACUGAAGACGUAUUUCACCAAGUCUGCCCUGAAGCAGGCACUGGCCCGUGUUGAGCCCCUGGCCUCAGGCACCAUGACAGGCAUGGCCAUCAAAAUCGCCAUGGAGAAAGCUUUCACCGCGGAGGCAGGAGCCCGAGCUAGCUCCGGCACCAUUGUCAAAGUAGCCAUCAUAGUGACGGACGGGAGGCCCCAGGACAAGGUAGAGGACGUAUCAGCCGCAGCUCGGGCAUCUGGGAUCGAGAUCUACGCAGUGGGAGUAGACAGGGCUGAUAUGAUGUCCCUCCGCCUCAUGGCGAGCCAACCACAUGAUGACCAUGUCUUCUAUGUGGAGACCUAUGGUGUCAUUGAGAAGCUCACUUCCAAAUUUAGGGAAACCUUGUGUGGUAAGGAUGUCGAUAAUGGGAAUGAGGAUAUUCCAUUAGAUGGCGAAAUUGAUGAUUAUGGACUAGGCCUAGCUAGCAGAAAAGACGAGAAAGGAAUAAAUAAUGAAAAUGACGAUAAAGGUUCGGAUGCAUGUGCUCAGGGACACAAUUGCCAGCACGUUUGUGUCAACAAUGACUACUCAUACGACUGCAAGUGUCGCGGCGGCUUCGUCUUGAACCCGGACAAGAAAACGUGCUCACGUUCGGAUGCAUGUGCCCAGGGACAUGACUGCCAGCACAUUUGCGUCAACAAUGGGAACUCUUACGUCUGCAAGUGUCGAGUGGGAUACGUGCUGAACAUGGAUCAGAAAACAUGCUCACGUGCAAAUGCAUGUGGUCAGGGACAUGACUGCCAGCAGCUUUGUAUCAACAACGGGGACUCAUACAACUGCAAGUGUCGAGUGGGAUAUGUGUUGAAUGCAGACCAGAAAACAUGCUCACAGGAAAUGAGGAGUGAAAUCACUCAAGAUGCCUGCAUGUGUGAAGCUCAGAUUCUGUUCCAGAAAAAAGUACAGUCAACCAUUCAGGAGCUGAGCAGAAAACUUGAUGAACUUUCAGACAAAGUGAACCUGAUUGAAGGCCAACAGAAGUAUUAAGGACAGCGACGGAGAUGACAGAAGACAUGUUCACGACUAGCAAUGUAUCCAAUACUUUUGAUCAGCGGAAGUCAUCUGUAACCCCUCAAAACUCUUAAUGUUACAGUAAAAUGUCUAAGAUUUAGUAGAGGUCUGCAUGGUAUUGAUUUAUCGUGCAGUAUACUGGUGGCAUUACUGUUUUACUGUAUAUUAUAAACCUGCAUUUUGCAUUCACAACACCGUCUGUUAUCAUUUCUUACAGUAAAGUCAGAUAUAACUGGUGUAAAUGUUUACAUAAACUGUAUUUGUAUAUUUGGAAGCUACAUUUCCUCGUAGUGUAAGCCAUUGAGUUGAGACUCAAACUAUAUAAAAUAAUUAGGGAAGUUAAACAAUAGAGAGAAGAGCAAACUUUUAAAAACAAAAAAUGAUAAACAUGUUAAAACUUUACUUUUGUAAUGAAUGUUUUUGUACCACGUCAUUGUUGUGUAUCCACUGCUCCGAGAGCAUUUCUUGGUAGAACACAAAGCCUCCAUCCAUAAGCUAAUCUCUUAUACAACAGGAUUAUUGUUGUUACCCCUCUGAUUGCAGCAUUAUUAUGCAGAGUAAAAGACCACAAUAAAGCCUGAUCUAAUUGGCAUUGUUACAUCACAGUGAUUAUAGUAAUUCACUGUGAUGUAACUUUUUUUUCUUGACCUUUUCUUUGAAACCUGAAAUAUUACAACAACUAUAUUGUAGAAAAGUAAUUGCUAUUACUGUUUUGUUUGUAACAGAUAGGUACAAUUAUUUUAGGGGGAGAAGGAAAACAGUUUAGGGAUUUCAAGGGUUACUGGACGGCUUCAAUAUUUUGCACAUUUGACAAGUCUUGGACCAACCUCUGGCAGCAGUCCUUGCAAUUAAAUACUAUUUUCAAUGUACUAAGUUUUGAAAUUGUGAGAGUUUAAGUCAAGACCAACUCAGUUUUUCCAUCCACUUAAAACAGUAGUUCACUGCACAGUAUUUUCUUCAUACAAUGCACACAUGUACUAUAUUUUCUACUUUGUCAUGUCCAUGGAACACACAUUGAAAAGAGUGUUUAUGGUGGGACAGACUUUGUUUAAACUGACAUUUAUGUGCAUACAUAUAAUGGUGCUUUUGUGACAGAAAACAACGUGUCUGUAUAUUUUCUACUGGGUGUAUAGUUGUACAUGGAAAAUAAAUAUUCUGAAAGAAUGGA